AACCCUUCGAUGUUUCAGAGAAGUGCCCUGUGUGUGGUGUGGUUGUCAAUGGUUAUUUUCGGUGACACUCGGAUUUGUCAGAGCAGAACACCAAAGGAGAAGUUCGGUGGGAGAUUCCUGCUGACUCGUUAAAAUUUGCUUCAGUGUGCCUUGACAGCACGUUGUGUCCUGAGUAACAGUGCUUGGCUGCGAAUCGCUGAGUUGGGACCACCAUGUAUCCGUGGCUCCCCUUCCUCGCUCUGCCUAUGCUCUGCCGGGCAGAGUUCCAUCUUUCACUCGAACCCAAGUAUCAGUUGCGUCUGAGAGGGGAAUCGUUCGUGGCAAAGUGCACUGCCCUCUGUGACAGCCUCUUGGUGACUGUGAAUUGGUUCUCUCCGCAGGGAAAGAUUGUCAAUUCGAAAGAAGGUCGAUUUUAUGAGGAUAAAUUCAAACUAACCUCAGAGCUACACAUUCGGAAUGUGAGCCAGAACGAUACUGGGAACUACACCUGCCUGCUGAAGGGGAAAGAGAAUGGGGAAACUGUGGAGCUGCGGUCCGUCUCCUCACUGCGUGUUAUUGAAGAACCUUAUCUCCGAGUAUUCACGGAGCAGAAGACCAAGCUGCAUGUAGACUUCGGGGCCAACUUCCAGCUGAGUGUGAUGGUUGAGUCAUACCCCGAAAUGCAGGACUAUCGCUGGAUCUACCCCAGCAAGGGCAACCACAGCGAUCACAGAGCGUCCAUGAUCACUAUGGAGAAUUACAGGUAUGAGAGCGCUUUGUCACUGGUACGUGUGAGAGACUCCGAGAGCGGCUUCUACAAGUUCUUGGCAUCCAAUCAAGAAAUGAACUCAUCUCUGACCUUCCAUGUAUUAGUCAGAAGUCACCAUGGGGUCAACGUGCUCUUCAGCUGGGUGCUGUGGGUCUCUGUCUCAUUGGUGGUGCUCCUGAUAUUCAUUGUGGCCUUCCUGUUCUACAAGUACAAACAGAAACCGAAGUACGAGGUCCGGUGGAAGAUCAUCGAGGCAGUCAAUGGGAAUGAUUACACCUUUAUCGACCCCACCCAGCUCCCCUACAAUGAGAAGUGGGAGUUCCCCAGAGAGAAACUCCGCCUAGGGAAGGUGCUUGGUGCUGGAGCUUUUGGGAAGGUAGUGGAGGCGACGGCCUUCGGCCUGGGUCAGAAACACGAGGCCACCAAAGUGGCUGUCAAGAUGCUGAAACCCAGUGCCCACUCCACCGAGAGAGAGGCCCUGAUAUCUGAACUGAAGAUACUGAGCCACCUGGGGCAGCACUCCAACGUGGUCAACCUCCUGGGGGCAUGCACACUCAGAGGUCCAGUCCUCGUUAUCACCGAAUACUGUUGCUAUGGCGAUUUACUGAACUUCCUGAAACAGAAGGGGCAGAGCCUGGCCUACAGUGACUGUGAGAAUCAUUACAAGAACGUAUCCCAGCUGAAAGGAGGCCUGAGGUCGGGCAACCACCUGCCCAGGAGGAUGAGAAUAGGGAGUACUGCUCCGAUCAUUUCUCAGUCUGAACACCAGGACUCCGAGGAGGACGAGGAGCAGCUGAACCUGGACAAUCUACUGAGAUUCUCCCAUCAGGUGGCCACUGGCAUGGAAUUCCUGUCCUCCCGAAAUUGCAUCCAUCGGGACCUGGCUGCCCGGAACGUCCUGCUCUCAGACGACCGAGUGGCUAAGAUCUGUGACUUCGGCUUGGCGAGGGACAUCAUGAACGACUCCAACUACGUGGUGAAGGGCAACGCUCGCCUGCCGGUGAAGUGGAUGGCUCCGGAGAGCAUCUUCGACUGCGUCUACACGGUACAGAGCGACGUCUGGUCAUACGGCAUCCUCCUGUGGGAGAUCUUUUCUCUGGGUUUGAGCCCGUAUCCGGGAGUUCCAGUGGACAGCACCUUCUACAAGCUGAUCAGAUCAGGUUUCCAGAUGGGCCGACCAGUCACCGCCCCUCCUGAGAUCUAUGACAUCAUGACCCAGUGCUGGAGAUUGGAAGCCACCGAGAGGCCAUCCUUUAGUCAGAUCGUGAGACUGAUUGGGAAGCAGAUGGGCCAGUUCUGUGAACAGGACUACGCCAACCUGUCGAGAGACAGCGAUCCUGAAUCUCCUCGCUGUCACUCUCCAGUUCACAAAGGGGAUGAGAUUGGUGCAGACACCCUCCCACUCAUCAACCCCUACAACAAGAUGUGAGGCCAGGGAAGUGGGGAUAUUUCCCUCGGUGUCUGAGAGAGCUCAAGGACUGCACAGCACCUGCGUGCUGAGUCUCUGCUUCAGCUUCUCCUAACCAAUGCUUCAUGCUGUGACCACUGACUCAAAUAACACAGGGGUUAGACUCGUGCUGAUGUUCUCUGGGAGGGGACGAGAUGUGCUGGGGUAUCUCGGAGGGUUAGAGUUGUGCUGGGGGUCUCGGGAGGGAGGAGCUGUGCUGGGGUAUCUCGGAGGGUUGGAGUUGUACUGGGGUAUCUAGGAGAGUUUGAGAUGUGCUGGGGUAUCUGGGAGGGUUAGAGCUGUGCUGGGGGUAUCUGGGAGGGUUAGAUCUAUGCUGGGGUAUCUUGGAGGGUUAGAGUUGUGCUGGGGGUACCUGGGAGGGUUAGAGCUGUGCUGGGGUAUCUGGGAGGGUUAAAGCUGUGCUGGGGUAUCUGGGAGGUUUAGAGUUGUGCUGGGGUCUCUCAAAGGGUUACUGCAAGGGUGUGGGAAAUGAGAGCAUGAUGGAAGAGGGGAGGAAGGG